AACCUAGCCAGACAAUUGACUGUCUGGUGAUGCUAUAUCCGAACAAAGGGGCACGGACAAACAUACAGGUCAUAUUGUCUCGGCGAAUUCUACAUCGAAAUUAACGAUAUGACAAGCUUCUAGUAACGGAUAUACGUAUCUAUUUUAAACGGAUAUUAUUAUAAACGCAAGCAGCUCCUUGAUCAGAGAAGUACACCAAUUUUUACUUAGCCGUCUCUCUCUCUCCCCCUAUUAUCUAUGGAGCUGAAACCAGGUCUAUCGGCUAUCAUCACUGGAGGUGCCUCUGGAAUCGGUAAAGCUCUUAGUUUGGCUCUUGCACAGAAGGGAGUAUUUGUUACAAUUAUUGACUACUCUGAGGAAAGGGGAAAAGAAGUUGCAUCCCUGGCGGAAAAAGAGAUUGCUAAGUUCCACUCUAAGUUGGAAAUUCCAUUUGCAAUAUUUAUAAAAUGUGAUGUCAGUAAAGGAGAAGAACUAGCUGCUGCCUUCCAGACUCAUGCAUCCACAUAUGGAGGGUUGGACAUCUGUAUUAGUUGCGCAGGGAUUAAUAAUCCUGUGCCAUUCCAUAAUGAUCAAACCGAUGGUUCUCAUUCGUGGAGGCACACUCUCAACGUGGACCUUCUUGCUGUUAUAGACAGCACCCGCCUUGCUAUCCAGACCAUGCAAGCUGCAAAGAGGCCUGGGGUCAUCAUAAAUUUGGGAUCUGCUUCAGGACUUUAUCCGAUGUAUAGUGACCCUAUAUACUCGUGUUCUAAAGGUGGCGUUGUUCUAUUUACCAGAUCACUUGCUCCGUACAAGAAGAAAGGGAUUCGGGUUAACGUGCUUUGCCCUGAGUUUGUUCGAACUGAUCUAGCAUUAAAAGUAGAUUCAACAAUGAUUGAGAAAAUGGGUGGCUAUGUUUCCAUGGAAUCAGUGGUCAAAGGUGCAUUUGAGCUUAUUAGUGAUGAAACUAAAGCUGGAUCCUGUUUAUGGAUUACUAAUCGAAGAGGAAUGGAAUAUUGGCCAACUCCCAUGGAAGAAGCAAAAUACUUGGUCCGUCCUUCCAAGUUGAGAGAAAAGUCGCAAGCGAUCAGUACUUCAAGUUUCCAGUUACCUGAGAGCUUUGAGAAAAUAAUUGUGCACAAGCUGAGUCACAAAUUUCGUAGUGCAACCAGCAUUGUGCGAACGCCAUUGAGAAUACCCAUUAAACCAGAUCAUGUCCUUGUAAAAAUAAUCUAUGCUGGCGUUAAUGCAAGUGAUGUAAACUUUAGUUCUGGUCGUUAUUUCAGUGGAAAUAGCAAGGAGAUCGAGUCCCGCCUUCCAUUUAAUGCUGGAUUUGAGGCUGUUGGUAUCAUUGCUGCUGUGGGUGAUUCAGUGAGGCAUCUAAAUGUUGGCUCUCCAGCUGCAAUCAUGACAUUUGGAGGUUAUUCUGAAUUCACAAUGGUACCCUCAAAGCACAUCCUUCCCGUGGCAAGGCCAGAUCCUGAAGUUGUUGCUAUGCUGACCUCUGGACUUACAGCAUCAAUUUCUCUGGAAAAGGCAGCACAGAUAGAUCAUGGGAAAGUUGUUCUAGUCACUGCUGCUGCAGGAGGGACGGGUCAAUUUGCAGUCCAGCUUGCUAAACUGGCUGGAAAUACAGUAGUAGCAACUUGUGGAGGUAAAGAGAAGGCGAUGCUUUUGAAAGAUUUAGGUGUUGAUCGAGUUAUAGACUACAAAGCUGAAGAUAUUAAAACGGUUCUAAAGAAGGAGUUCCCUAAAGGCGUUGAUAUAAUCUAUGAGUCUGUUGGUGGACAGAUGUUUGACCUAUGCCUUAAUGCGUUAGCAAUAUAUGGACGACUUGUGGUGAUUGGAAUGAUUUCUCAGUAUCAAGGAGAACAUGGAUGGAAGCCAUUAAAUUACACUGGAGUAUGUGAGAAGCUUCUAGCUAAAAGCCAAACUUUGGCUGGAUUUUUCCUCAAUCAUUAUACACACCUAUGGCAACAGCAUCUAGACAGCCUGGUUCAACUAUAUACGACAGGAAAGCUAAAGGUCUUAAUUGACCCAAAAAGGUUCAUGGGCCUCCAUUCUGUUGCUGAUGCAGUUGAACAUCUUCAUUCUGGAAAUAGUUUUGGCAAGGUGGUGGUCUGUAUCGAUCCAUCAUACAGUAACCAAUCUUCAAAGCUAUGAAGCAUGCUUCUGCUUUUGGAAGUGUAAAUUAAAGCAUCAAGUCCAUCUAAGGAUGCAUAGCCAUAAGAAUACUGGCUUGUGCGUGUUAUUACUGUAGCUGCCUGGGGACGGGCUUAAGUUGUAAUUCAAAUAAAAUCUCACCUCUUAGUUUCAUACUUGUAUUAUGUACUGAAGUGGUCUUAUCACUAUAUGUUUUAUCCAUUUUUACACUUGACAUUACCUUCCACAUUGUUUUUGAGGAUGUGCACUAUUCACUUUUGUAUUUUGGCAAUUUCUUGCAUAUUAUGUAUGUUGUGAUUUUAAGUGGUGGAUCCACAAAUUUAUUUACGGAA